ACGAAACAAUUAGAUAAUCCUCAAUGGCACUAGUCCCCAAUCGCCAUACGUAAAUUGCCAUUCCCAUAGAUUUCCAUUUUUUCAAUUCAAUUGUUCCCCUAUUGCUCUGUGCAAGGCCGUGGCGCGUCGAUGGCGUCCAUCAUCUUCCGUCGGAAGCUCGCGUACAAACCUUGCCUUCUCCGAGUCAGACUCUUCUCACACUCCAGUUCCAACACUCAGCCUGCUCCACGCAUCGACAAGAUUCUGAUUGCAAAUCGCGGUGAGAUAGCAUGCAGGAUCAUCAGGACUGCCAGGAGGUUGGGGAUUCAAACUGUCGCGGUUUUCAGUGACGCUGAUCGGAAUUCGCUUCAUGUCAAGUCCGCUAAUGAGGCUGUGCAUAUUGGCCCUUCGCUGGCGAGGUUGAGUUACUUGAAUGCUCCGUCCAUUGUCGAUGCUGCGUCGAGGACUGGUGCGCAGGCUAUCCACCCUGGCUAUGGUUUUUUAUCUGAAAGUGCUGAUUUUGCACAACUCUGUGAAGAUGAGGGCCUUACAUUUAUAGGCCCACCGAUAUCUGCAAUUCGGCACAUGGGUGACAAAAGUGCGUCAAAGCGAAUAAUGGGUGCAGCUGGUGUCCCGCUUGUGCCUGGGUAUCAUGGUACUGCACAGGAUAUUGAUACUAUGAAGUCAGAAGCAGACAAAAUUGGAUAUCCAAUAUUGAUAAAACCAACUCAUGGAGGUGGUGGGAAGGGUAUGAGGAUUGUACAUAGCCCAAAUGAAUUUAUUGAUGCUUUCUUGGGAGCUCAACGUGAGGCUGCAGCUUCCUUUGGCAUAAGCACAAUACUGCUGGAAAAAUAUAUCACCCAGCCAAGGCACAUAGAAGUCCAGAUUUUUGGGGACACACACGGGAACAUUCUGCAUCUGAAUGAGAGGGAUUGCAGUGUGCAAAGAAGACACCAGAAGAUAAUUGAAGAAGCUCCAGCUCCAAAUGUUUUGGACGACUUCCGAUCGCAUUUGGGUCAAGCUGCUGUUUCUGCAGCUAAGGCAGUUGGUUAUUACAGUGCUGGGACGGUGGAGUUCAUAGUUGAUACUAUCUCCGGUCAAUUUUAUUUCAUGGAGAUGAAUACUCGCCUUCAGGUUGAACAUCCUGUUACUGAGAUGAUAGUGGAUCAAGAUCUUGUUGAGUGGCAAAUCCGUGUUGCAAAUGGAGAAUCACUUCCCAUAACGCAGGCACAAGUGCCCUUAUUAGGUCAUGCUUUUGAAGCCCGCAUAUAUGCAGAGAAUGUGCCAAAAGGGUUUCUUCCAGCCACUGGAAGUCUUCACCAUUACUGCCCUGUUCCCGUUUCACAGUCUGUUCGAGUUGAAACUGGGGUUGAACAAGGAGAUGCUGUUAGUGUGCAUUAUGAUCCUAUGAUUGCUAAGCUUGUUGUUUGGGGAGAAAAUCGUACUGCAGCAUUAGUCAAACUAAAACACUGUCUAACAAAGUUUGAGGUUGCAGGUGUCCCAACCAACAUAAACUUUCUAUUAAAACUUGCAAAUCAUCAUGCAUUUGAACGUGGGGACGUGGAAACUCAUUUUAUUGAGCGCUAUAAAGAUGACCUCUUUGUCGAUCCUUCUAAUCUUUUGAUGGCGAAAGAAGCAUAUGAAGCUGCUGGACUUAAUGCCCGUCUAGCUGCUGCUUGUAUUGUCAGCUUGGAACAUUCUAAACUGACCGAAAAAUCUUCUGGGAAUGAUCUACAUUCAAUAUGGUACUCUCCUCCUCCAUUUAGAGUCCAUCAUUGUGCUAGGCGCACAAUAGAAUUUGAGUGGGAGAAUCAAUAUGAUAGCAGUGCCUCAAAGCCGUUUCCUCUUACAAUCAUCUACCAGCAAGAUGGGGGCUUUCUAAUUGAGACUGGAGAAAGUGGUUCUUCUGCGGUUGAAGUUAAAGUAUCCCACCUUGGAAAACAUAAUUUCAGAGUUGAAGUUGAUGGUAUUAUCAUGGAAGUUCGCUUGGCUAUUUACUCAAAGGAUCAGACGAAACAUGUGCAUAUAUGGCAUGGGUCACAUCACCAUCACUUUAAACAGAAGUUGGGGGUUAAUUUAGCAGAUGAAGAUGAAUCACAGCAUAAGCCUGGUUUUGAGGCAGCAUCCAACCAUCCUCAGGGAACUGUUGUUGCUCCCAUGGCUGGUCUAGUGGUAAAGGUUCUAAUGAAAAAUGGUGAUGAAGUUGGAGAAGGGCAAUCUGUGUUGGUCCUUGAAGCAAUGAAGAUGGAGCACGUUGUGAAAGCGCCCAUGGCAGGACAAAUCUAUGGCCUACAUGUUGCACCGGGUCAGCAGGUUUCUGAUGGGAGUAUUUUGUUUACUGUUAAGAAAAACUGAAAUAAUGGAGCAACUCCUUUCCUGGCAAUGGUAAAUGUUGUUAAGGCAUGGAAAACUUCCACGCAUUCGUCGUCGUCAUAGGCUUCUCGCGGAUUUGAUUGUUAGUCUGCUUCUCUCAGUUUAAUCUCAAUUUCUAAGGGGACUUGUGCGAGAGUUACUUGUACCAAGUGAUACCGAGCCUACCACACUCCUAUGUCUAAGUUAGUAUAGAUACUAUAUACUUUAGAUAAGCACCUAAAAGUCAGUACAAGGCUCUCAUGGAGAGAAUACUUACUUUUUCUCUCUGAGUCGUUGAAUGAGGUUAUUUAUACUAUCCUUACUUUGAUAUAUGCUUGUAGUUACGUGUAUCUCUGGGUGAUGUCAGAAU